AUGCAUUGGUCAACUUCGCUACUUGGUCUGGUGUCGACUGGGCUUGCAGCUCAGGCGGGUAAACACUAUGCCAUCAUGGAUAAUGAUUGGUAUACAGCGGGUUUUGUGCCGUACCUGAUUGCCCUAGACGGCGAUGUGGAAAUUUUAGGCCUCGCCUCGGAUACGGCAAAUAGCUGGCAACCCCAAGUCGCUCUUCACGCCGUAGCAACCCUAGAAGCAGGAAACCUAAGCUGCAUCCCCGUCUACGCGGGCGCAACAUGGCCACUCAUCAACACACCUUUGCGCUUCCAAGCUUGGGAAACAAUCCACGGCAAACUGCCCUGGGAAGGCGCUUUUGCGCCCGAGAACAGGACUUUUGAAGCUGAAGGCAAUGAUCCUACCUCUGGCAAUCCCAAUCGCAUUGUCAAGGAAGCGUUCAAAGAGGGAUUCCCCAAAGGCCGACCGGACAACUCGACAUCUGCGGCGAAUUUUAUGGUCGAGAUGGUGCACAAGUAUCCCGGUCAGGUAUCCAUCUACUCAGCCGGAGCAUUGACAAACAUCGCGCUGGCAGUGCGUAUGGAUCCGAUGUUCGCAUCGCUUGCUAAGGACCUGGUUAUCAUGGGUGGAUAUGUUGAUUUGAACAUGCUUGAAGCUACUGGGAGUAUUAUGCUUGCUGAUUAUCAGUCUGAUAUCAACCUCAUGAUCGACCCCGAAGCAUCAAAGAUCGCCUUGACUGCUGAUUUCCCUAACAUUACCAUCGCUGGUAAUGUCGCUAAUCAGGUCUUCCCUACGGAGGAAUUCAAGAAAGAAGUCCUCUCCGUGCCGAAUCCAUACAGCAAGCUUUUCGAUAAAUACUACGAUCUCUCGUUCCCCUUCUGGGAUGAAACAGCUGCUGCAUUGAUGGUUGAUCCUACUAUUUCCGUCAACCAGACUUCAGUAUUCUUGGACGUGGAUACCUCUUAUGGGAGCCCUAAUUAUGGCAACAUCCACGUUUACCAGAAGGCUCUUGCACCUCAGGGAAUCCGAGAGGUGAACUAUGUCUUUGAGGUUGAUGCCGAUAGACUUAUCCAGCGGAUUAAGCACGCAUUGCAAUAUCCCAAGACUUGCGCCGAUUUGCAGUAG